CCCGCCGGCCCCCCGGCGGCGGCGGCGGCGGCGGCGGCGGCGGCGGCGGCGGCGGCAGGGGCCGCUGAGCCAGGCGGCGAGGGCUCGGGCGGGAGGAUGGACGGCUCCGGGGAGCGCAGCCUCCCGGAACCCUGCAGCCGGGGCUCCGCGGCCGGCGACGACAUCGAGAUCGUCGUGAACGUGGGGGGCGUGCGACAGGUGCUGUACGGAGACCUGCUGAGCCAGUACCCCGAGACCCGGCUGGCGGAGCUCAUCAACUGCUUGGCCGGGGGCUACGACACCAUCUUCUCCCUGUGCGACGACUACGACCCCGGCAAGCGCGAGUUCUACUUUGACAGGGACCCGGACGCGUUCAAGUGUGUCAUCGAGGUGUACUAUUUCGGGGAGGUCCACAUGAAGAAGGGCAUCUGCCCCAUCUGCUUCAAGAGCGAGAUGGACUUCUGGAAGGUGGACCUCAAGUUCCUGGACGACUGCUGCAAGAGCCACCUCAGCGAGAAGCGUGAGGAGCUGGAGGAGAUCGCGCGCCGCGUGCAGCUCAUCCUGGACGACCUGGGCGUGGACGCGGCCGAGGGCCGCUGGCGCCGCUGCCAGAAGUGCGUCUGGAAGUUCCUGGAGAAGCCCGAGUCGUCGUGCCCGGCGCGCGUGGUGGCUGUGCUGUCCUUCCUGCUCAUCCUCAUCUCGUCCGUGGUCAUGUGCAUGGGCACCAUCCCCGAGCUGCAGGUGCUGGACGCCGAGGGCAACCGCGUGGAGCACCCGACGCUGGAGAACGUGGAGACGGCGUGCAUCGGCUGGUUCACGCUGGAGUACCUGCUGCGCCUCUUUGCGUCGCCCAACAAGCUGCACUUCGCCCUGUCCUUCAUGAACAUCGUGGACGUGCUGGCCAUCCUGCCCUUCUACGUGAGCCUCACGCUCACGCACCUGGGCGCGCGCAUGAUGGAGCUGACCAACGUGCAGCAGGCGGUGCAGGCCCUGCGGAUCAUGCGCAUCGCCCGCAUCUUCAAGCUGGCGCGCCACUCCUCGGGCCUGCAGACGCUCACCUACGCCCUCAAGCGCAGCUUCAAGGAGCUGGGGCUGCUGCUCAUGUACCUGGCGGUGGGCAUCUUCGUCUUCUCCGCCCUGGGCUACACCAUGGAGCAGAGCCACCCCGAAACCCUGUUCAAGAGCAUCCCCCAGUCCUUCUGGUGGGCCAUCAUCACCAUGACCACCGUGGGCUACGGAGACAUCUACCCCAAGACCACGCUGGGCAAGCUCAACGCCGCCAUCAGCUUCCUGUGCGGAGUCAUCGCCAUCGCCCUGCCCAUCCACCCCAUCAUCAACAACUUCGUCAGGUACUACAACAAGCAGCGUGUCCUGGAGACGGCGGCCAAGCACGAGCUGGAGUUAAUGGAGCUCAACUCCAGUAGUGCCGGCGGCGAGGGCAAGGUGGGAGGCUCCCGGGGCGACCUGGACAUCCUCCCUCCAGAACCCGCCGCAAAGGACGCGGCCAGCUGGAGCAGCCGGCUGAAGCUCUCGCACAGCGACACCUUUAUCCCCCUCCUGACCGAGGAGAAACACCAUAGGACCCGGCUCCAGAGUUGCAAGUGAAGUCAGGGUGCCCUGGGCAGAGGACGGAUAGACGGGUGUGGCAGGCGUGUCAUCGAGGGCAUGGAAGGGCUGUCCUGUGUUCCCCCACCCCAGCCCUUCCUAGACAGACUCUGAAGGCCCUCUCAGGCACCUCUCACAAGGCUGGGUAAGACUCUUUUGUGUUGCCUGCUGUCCAGGAGCCCGGGAAUGGGGGCAUCGGGAGCUGCAGGGCCGUGUGGGGCGAGUGGAGGAUGAGACUGGCUGGCGCGGGAGCCCUCGCCCGCUUCUGUAUCUCCCUCAAUAAAGCCUCCUGCUCUCUGCA